GGUCGUAAUUUGCACUAAAUAAUAGAAAGAAAGGAAAUUUAGUUGGAGAUGCAACGGCCAAAGAAUGGAGUUGAAAAGGACCAAUGGUGCAAAAGGCACACUGUCCACCAUAAUAUAUUAAUAUAAUAUAUCACUUUUUUCAGUUCUAUAAAUUCCAUAGUUGAAGGCGUGUGGCAACCAUACUCACUCUCAUCUGCAUAAUUAAUUACUACACUAAAAUCGCACUUUCUCUCUCUAGAUUUCUUUUUUUUUUUUGAUAAUUUCUUUCUCUCUCUAGAUUAAUUAAUUAAAUUAAAUUAUGGCUUCCAACCAGACGCAAAGUCGCGAUUCUCAAAACGCAGCCCAAUUACACGACCUCGAAAUGAUGCAAGACCCGGAGUUCGACUACUCAACGCGCUCCCAGUGGCUACGCGCCGCCGUCCUCGGCGCCAACGACGGCCUCGUCUCGACGGCGGCGCUCAUGGUGGGUGUCGGCGCGGUGAAGCACGGAAUGAAAGCCAUGAUCCUGACGGGCUUCGCCGGACUCGUCGCCGGAGCGUGUUCCAUGGCUAUCGGCGAGUACGUUUCCGUCCACUCGCAGCUCGAUAUUGAGUACGCACAGAUGAAGAGGGAUAGUGAGAAAAGGGCGGGCGGCGGGGCCGACGCGGUGGAAGACGGCGGUGGAGAUAAAGAGAGUUUGCCCAACCCCGUGCAGGCGGCGGCAGCGUCGGCGCUGGCUUUCUCUGUGGGUGCGAUGGUGCCGUUGCUUGCGGCUUCGUUUAUCAAAGAGUACAGGGUGAGGAUUGGGGUGGUGGUGGCGGCGGUGACUGUGGCGCUGGUGGUGUUUGGGUGGUUGGGGGCGGUUUUGGGGCGGGCUCCGGUGGUGCGGUCCUCUGCUAGGGUUUUGGUUGGCGGGUGGCUGGCGAUGGCCGUCACUUUUGGACUGACCAAAUUAAUUGGAACCAAGGGACUGACUCUAAAUUAAUUAGUUUAUAUGUAUAUAUAUAUAUAUGUUAUGUUUGUGUAACUAUAGGUUAUAUAUUUAUAUGUGUGUGUGCAUGCAUAUAUAAUAUGCUAAACUUGUAUUUUUCUACGGUGGUGAUUUUAUGUAAAUAGUAUGGAAUAAUUUGGAUUUGAGGGGAAGGGUCUCAAAUGA